AUGGCGGUCGUUGCGGGGAUACUGGGGCAUGAUCCAAAGACAAAGCCGUUUCUCGGCGGAUGGAAGAACACCGUUACCGGCUUGAUCUAUCAUAAUGCUUGCACGCAGACACCCAGCGGCAGGAUGACGAGAAGCAGGAUCACGCAAACCGUUGCGGUGGUGGACGCGGCCACCGAUGUCGCUCACGACCAGGCGGUGCAAGUGCAGUUUUUGCCGGAUCCGCGCGACAAAAUUAUCGCGCCCGGAGUUUCUUCCCCCUUCGAGACGCCGGCUGAAGAAGUCGAGUCGUUAUCUUGUCUAGAUAACAGCAAGAUUCUCGAUAGCAUCGUUAAAAUACAGAAAUGUUACAGGGCUUAUCGAGCCAGAGCAGCGGCCAGAGCAAACGCACUUCAAGUGGCUAACGUUUCCCAACAUGAUGAGGUGGACGUGAUCGAGCACGCCGGACAUUCUCAGGCGCUGCUGUCCACCUACAGCCGCACGGAUUUCGUGAUACUGAAUCGCUGUCCGCCACGUACGAGCUCGGACUUCGAGUCGCUCUACAAUCUCCUCGACCGCUGGCGAAUCCUCGAGACCGAGCGAGCGAGUCGCACACUCCUCGGGCCCUCGAGGGUCGCCGCCUGCGGUUUGAUUCUGUCGAAGGAGGUCGAAUUGCUGCGCUCCAUAGACUCCAUGAGGACCGUCCUGCGGCUCAAAUGUCGCGAAAGAAAGCGAUGCCGACUACUGGACGAAUUAUCCAGACCGGUCGUCUGGCAGGACAGUCAGGGCCGGCCGAUCCUCGUCGACACUCUGCGCGUGCAACGGGCUCGCCAGCACAGAGAUGUCUACGCUUCGCUGGCUAACGAAAAUCUGUCCGUUUUAGAACGGGUCGAUUUACUGCGCGGCUUGAAACGUAUCGCCAGUAUGCACACGUGCAGCCAGUCGCACGAGCUCGUUUAUCUGGUCGAUCAAGAGCUGGAUCUCUUGAUGUGCCGCGUGGACACGAGCAGACUCAACUGGCUUAGGAAUCGACUGAAGCUAAGCUUCCUUAAGCUGGCGCGCAACGCUCUACAAGGCGAUCUCGAAGAGAACGUGCAUCGAUUCGACUGGUCGGACGCCAGCAUCACGCGACUCUGCAGAACCUGCGGCAGGUUCCUGCCUUUGGAGAAAUUUCCCCGUGAACGGCGUCUGCGGUCCUCUUCCUGCGUCUACUGCAUGUCUAUGCGAACUCGAAGAGGUCCUUGUGCGGUAUAUGAACCUUACGAGAGAAUGCUGCGGGAAAUUAGACGCUUUGAAGCCAAAAUGGGUUGUUACGGCAGUUUAGCCUUCGUGGUCGGGGCCAAGGUCGUCUGCCGUUUGGUAAACGAAGUCUGGCACGGCAGAUCUGGCAUCUCCGAGUGCGACGACCUCGACGGGCUGCGGCUGACUCGCUUCCGACGCGAGCACGAAUGGGCGCCUUGGAAUUCCUUACUGCUGACAAAAACCGAGGCCGCGGUUCAUCACAACAUCACCGACAUCGAGAGCUUUUACGACUCGAAACUCCUGCAAAAGUUCUGCACGAAGAAUCUCCAGGCGAAAAUAUAUUUUCAGCCGAUUUCUGAAGAGCGGAGAAACAUCGUGACCCCGUCUUCGAUGGAGGAUUAA